CUCCCGCCUCCCUCUCCUUUUACUUCCUGCUCUGUCGGGGUUGCGUGCUGCCGUUGGAUUGUAAACAUGGCCACCGCUGCUGCAGCUGGAGACGACCUGAAGAGAGAGCUCUCGUGUGCGAUUUGUUUGGACUUCUUCAAAGACCCCGUCAUACUCAAAUGCGGCCAUAAUUUCUGCCGGUUCUGCAUCUGCAUGCACUGGGACGAAAAUGGCGGAGACUACGGCUAUCAGUGCCCUCAAUGCCGGACGGUGUUUAACAAGAGGAGCUUCACUAAAAACUACCUGGUGCAGAACCUGGUGGCCAAACUGGACGACCUGGAGUGUCUGGGCUCUUGUCCUGUGCCCUCCAAGCCUGUUAAAGUAGAUGAGAAGUGUGACCAGCACGGGGAGGAGCUCAAACUGUACUGCCAGACUGAUAAAAGGCCCAUCUGUGUGGUCUGCAGGGAAUCCAGAGCACACAGACACCAUGAGGUAGCGCCUGUGCCAGAAGUCGUAAGUGACAUGAAGAUGGAGUUGAAACUGAGGCUGAUGGAGCUAAACUGGCAGAAGUCUCAGUGUGUAAAAAUUAAAUUGGCUGAUGAGCGUACCAGAAAUGAAGCGAGGAUCAAGAAAAAGAGACUCAAGGAAAGAAUUGAGGCGGAUGUUGGUGCUCUGGUCCAGUUCCUGCUCAACGAGAAAGACGCUGUUCUGGACAGCCUCGAUGCCGAGGAAGUGGCCACCACGGCCGUCAUCGAUGAGAACUUGAAGAUCGUGGAGAGAGAGGCAGCAGUCGUGGAUAAAGAUAUAGCCGAUAUCCACAGCCACAUCAGUGGGAAAACGAGCUUUGAGAGCCUUGUAGAGACCUACAACAAUGUUGUCCACUGCAAGCCUUUUGUAACUCUCGACACGGCUAAUUGUCCGACCGAAUACACAGACUUCUCUGGGCCCAUCCAGCUUAUUAUGUGGAAGAAGAUGAUGCAUGUGUUGCAUACCAUGCCUCAGAACCUGACUUUGGACCCAGACACGGCCCACCCGUACCUGAUCAUCUCUGACUUCGACACCAUAGUGGAGGAGGGCCGCGUCCGCACCCAGGAACCAGACCUGCCCGCCCGCUUCAACCGCUUCUGCGGCGUCCUCGCCACAGCCCAGUACGCCAGCGGCCAGCACUACUGGGAGGUGGACGUGAAGGACAAAGGCGUCUGGUACCUGGGAGUCACCACCGAGAGCAGCAACCGGAAGGGCUUCGUCAGCCUCACCCCGUCGGCGGGGUACUGGAGCCUGUCUCUGCAGGACCGGCUGUACGCCAACGGGGAGGACGGCCGCAUCCCCGUGGCCGACUACUGGAACUCUCCCCGGGUCGGCGUGUACCUGGACUACGACAACGGGCGCCUCAGCUUCUACGACGCCGUCACGAUGAAGAGAUUGUUCAUGUUUGACACCUGCUUCGAAGAGCCAGUCUAUCCUUUCUUCAGCCCGGGGAAGAAUGAUCCAGGCAGCCGGCUGCAGAUAUGCCACUAUUACUGAGCGCUGUGAUGCCAGGGUAUGCCGCUUGUUUCACAGAUGUUGCUGUGGUGUUCCAGUAAUGAGGUGACCCUUUGAGCCGCGCCGCGUUCGCGCGGUUGAGCUGUUACUUGAUAGAAAAUGGGGGUUAAACCGAAUACUUUCGAAAGCUACAGUUUAAAAAUUGGGGAAAUUGCACCAUUUGAACCUGGAGCGCAGGCCUAAACCCGGACUGCUGUGGCCGGGGUGGUGAGCAGUGGUUUGUUUGUUGCCAAUGCUUUUGUUGAUUAGAGCAGCUAUUGUCACGUUAGCAAUCACCCCAUGCCAUAUUCGACUCAUACUGGCUUUCCCCCCCCCAGGAAGUUGGUGCUAUUGUCUUGUUGGGUUGAACUUGAAGGAAAUAAUCGCCAUCACAUGGAUAGUUUUUGACUUAAGAUUCCCGCAGUAAUUUUAAAGUCUGAAAGGCAGCAGCUCGUUCUGGGAUUUAAGCACCUGGACAAUGUGUUUGGACUUUCACGACGGAAUAGCUCUGUUUUUCAGUGAAUUUUAACGCCCCAAACCGACCAUUUCAUUCUGUACACUGAUCAGGCUGGGCUUUCAAAUUCCUCAUUAGAAUUUUUAUUUAAAAAAAAAAAAAAACUACUUAAACUUCAAAAUGACCAGGAUAAAUUUUACAUUAAGAUUUACAGCCAUAUCCUAAAAUGUUAACAGGUGAACAUGUAAGUGUUUUUUACUUUUAAAAAAAGCAUUCCAGCAAAGAGACUGGACUAGAGCAAGAUAUAAAUCUAUAAAAUAUGGACGCUUUAUUACAUGUUUGCCUUUUUGCUUAAAAUGUACCUGCUGCAUUUCUUUACCUUUUUUUUUAAAUAUUCCUUUAAAUAGUCUGUCUUUAUAUUAAUGCUAUAGUUGGUCCUCUAAUUUCAUUUUCAUGACGUUGAAUGUGGAUGUUUUUUUAGUUUGAGCUGUUUGUCCAGCUGUCCAGAGCGGUUGUGGAGGACACAGUUUUAGUAUUUACUGAAUUGUUUUAGAUGGUUUUCCCCAUUUUUAUUUUUUAAACCUGUGAAUACAGUAGCAGUGUUUAGGUUGUCAUUAGGUCUGCCAUAAGAAAAGAAUCAUAACUGUAGAUUUUUGGCUCUUUCCCCGUGUACAUAUUUCCUCUCGAGCAAUGUUUUUUCAGAUGAAACGAGGAUAUUAAAAGAGCUGUUUAAAUGUG